GUGUGAGGCAAUUCACAAACUUCCUGCUCUGGGCUCCUGCAGCCACCCUGAACCAGGCCACGGGACGGAGGGUUCAGAGGCCACACUUGAGGCCCAGGCAGGGCCCAGGUGGGCCAGAGGGGGAAGAUGGCUGAUGGAGGCAGUGGCUUCAGCACCAGGACAUCCACGGAAGACCAGUACAAUGAUGACAGACUUGUCUAUGAGACUCUAUUCAAACACUUCAAAAAACACAAGGUGGAGAUUUCAAAUGCAAUAAAAAAGCCAUUUCCUUUCUUUGAGUGCCUCCGGGACCGUGAACUCAUCAGCAAUAAAAUGUAUGAUGAUUGUCAAGAUUCUUGUAGAAACCUGGUCCCUGUACCAAGAGUGGCGUAUAAUGUUCUCAAUGAACUGGAGAAGACAUUUGACCUGCCACUUCUGGAAGCAUUGUUCAGUGAGGUCAACAGACAAGAAUACCCUAAUUUAAAUCACAUUUACAAGAGCUUCGAAUUUGCAAUCCAAGAGAAAAUUAAUUACCAAGAAAGUGACGAAGAAGAGGUGGACAACAGUCCUCAUACCCAACUGAGCAUUGAACAAGGAACUGGUGAAAACUGUUAUCGAAGCCUGACCUCGUCGUGCCCCCAAUCCUCGUCUGAUCACGGUACAGCCCCAUCCGAAAAUGGGCCCUUGGAGAACCUCUGCGAAGCAGAGCAGAUAAAUGGAAACAGAACAGAUACAACCAGUGACAAAAAUGAUGCACAAGAAGUCCAACAAGCAAAUGAGGAAUAUGCCCAAGAAUCUGAGCCAGCAGAGUCCUGUGAACAAGAACCCAUCCAAGUGAAUAACAGAGACACAAGAGAAGACACACCCAUCCCAUUGCCCUGUGAUGGAAAAAGCUCACCGCUAUCCAACCAUGGAAUCCAAGUCAAUUCCUGUUCUGUGCAUCUGGUGGAUAUAAAGAAAGAAAAACCAUUUUUCAGCUCGACACUUAACCAGGCAUCUGACGUAAUAGUGAUCAGCAGUGACUCGGAAGAAACCAGUGAUGAAGACAAGGCCCCAGAAGACUCCAUGUCAACACUGGAAAGUGGACCUGCAAAAAGAUUUGCUGAGUAUUUGGAAUCCAGUGAGGAUGAGGGGCCCCCAAGAGCCUCGUGUUUCGUACUGAGAAGUGAUACUGAUGAGGAGGAUCCUGUGGAUAUUGGAAACAAAUCUCUUUGGGGGAUACCCAAGAGGAAAAGAUACUCCCUGGAUAACCAAGGGAACUGGAAGAGGAAGUGUGUUCCAACAAGUGGAGAGGGGAUCAGCAGUGCUAACUAUUCAGAAUUAAGUGAUACAGAAGAACCUCAGGAAUCUUCUAGCUCAGUCCUAAGAAGUGGGUCAGGAGCAGAGCCACAAGGACUUGGAAGUGCAAAGUGUUCCUGUGUCAUGUGUUUUUCAGAAGGUAUUUCAAGAGACCAAGGAGAAAGGACUGAGAGUAGCCAAGCAUCUGACAUAAUGGAUACCGUGGAUAUUGGAAACAAUUCUACUUCGGGAAAACACAAUGAGAAAAUAAGAAGAAAGAGAAGACAUAUACAUAAAAAAAACAAUCUUCAAAAAGUGAGAAGGAGAGGCAGACAUAGAAUCCAAACUCUGAGUAACAGAGCCUUAUGGAACAGAGGCAAACAAAAAGGGAGAAAACCAGUCAUCACCAGGUCUUUGAGAAGAGGCAGAAAAAGAGGUCCAAGAAUUCCCAGAGAUACACGUAUAAAUUUUUACCUUCUGGAACUUCCUGUGACCUGUGGAGAGGCAAAGGGGACUUUAUAUAAGGAGAAAAUGAUACAAGGAACCUCAGAGAAGUGUAUACAGGGUGUGGAUGGAAGGUGGUUCACCCUCAGGGAAUUUGAAGUUGAAGGAAAAUACUCACGAUCCAAGAACUGGAAGACAAGUGUGAGAUGUGGUGGAUUCACCCUGAAAGACCUGAUUAAGAAAAAAUAUCUACCAGAACCACCAAGAAGAAGAAGAAGAAAACAGACAACACCAGAGCCUAGCAAGGACUUUUUUGACCCUUAUAUGACAACCUGACUUUUCUACACAAAAGUUAAAUAAGCCAAAUAAAGAUCAAGAGACAAUAUUUAAAAAAAAAAAAAAGAAGAAGAAGAAGAAAAAGAAGCAGAGGCUUAGAAAAAAAUCCAAGAGAGUAUAAUAUCAUGGAACAAAGCAUAAAGAGUGUUUCUAGAAGGAAGAGGAGGAAUGGUGCUCCCUGUCACCUCCUCACUUCCUCAUCACCACCAAGAGUCCCAACCACCCAUAGCUGGGUUGGCCAGCAACCCCCCCCCCCCCGCAAUCUGUGCAUUAUUCUCUACCUAGAUUGUCACAAGAGGAUAUAAACCCUUCUUCCAAUCCAUGGUGUAGACAGGAUAUUUUCAUCUAAGUGUAGAGCUGCCACGCAUUGGAUGAAAUGUUUCCCUAUCACAUAGUCUUCUUCAGUUGGCCCUCUAGCUGUUCAGGCGGUCCCAGGAGAAGAGCCAGGUGCUCAUCCUUCUGGGAAUUUCUGCAGCACAGGCACACUCUUACAUAGAAAUUGUAGUAUGUCGGGAUUCACAUGUUAUUCACACAGAUUAUCAUACACACACACACACACACACCAGGAAAACAAUGUGAUUUCUUUACCUACCAAUGGGCUUAUUCCUUGACCAAGUCUUAUUUUGGUCUAUUAACUCCAUUGUUUUUAACACACAUUUGUUUCUCCACAAUACUUAGAUACAAACACUAUCAAAUGUUUAACUUCACUCAAGAAAAUUAAAUCUGGGGGUGCCUGGGUGGCUCAGUGGGUUAAAGCCUCUGCCUUCAGCUCGGGUCAUGAUCCCAGGGUCCUGGGAUUGAGCCCCGCAUUGGGUUCUCUGCUUGGCAGGGAGCCUGCUUCCCUCUCUCUCUACCUGCCUCUCUACCUACUUGUGAUCUCUGUCUGUCAAAUAAAAUAAACUUUAAAAAAAGAAAAUUAAAUCUGGCUUAAGGUCUCACAUAUUAUGAUUGGUGAAAAAUCUAGCAUUAACCAAUUUUGUGGCUCCUUUACAAUAUAUAGUAUAGUAUAGGUCUUCCAUGUGCUCAGAAAAUAAAGGUAUGUCCUAGGCCUUCAGUUGUGGUGGUCACUUAUCACAAUCUGUGGCCAUUUGGGGAUGGCACCUCCACACCUUACAUGCCGAGCUAAAUCAUGGGACCUCUUACCCCAGGCUCCCAGAGCCAAAGAGCUCUGUCCUCCCUGGCAUCCACCUGGUAAUCUGUAUCUACGUCUUUCCAAACCAGAGGUAUGUCACUGGCCCAGGGGUCCUCCAGGCACAGAACUCAUAGUGCAGGAACUCCCCCCCAGGCCCUUCAAAUCAUGGGAAACUUAUGGCCAAGAAAAUAGGAUGUAGUGAUAUGUCAGAAGUGUAAUCUCUUACAUUAAAUCCUCGGUAAAUCCCUCUUCAGUGAGUCAAUUAGAUGAUGCAAUAACUAGAUAAGACACUGUGUUAUAUUCCCGAGCCAAGUUUUGCCAGCAAAAUAAUAAAUUCCUCAGAUUAUCUUUAAUUCAUCUUCUUUUGUGGUUGUUGCUAGUCUGUGUCAGAAUCUUUGACUUCAUAAAGAGAACUUUAAUGGUCUAAUAUCCACUUCCUCCCAAACUU